AUGGCAUCGCCUUCGUCGUCCGGGAAAUAUGACACGGUCAUCAAGUCCGGAUUGAAGCUCAAAGGUGGCGACAAAAGCAGGGAAGUCGGUGUAAAAGCUGCAAAGAAGAAGAAAAAGUCUCAGGAAGACAUUUUGACUGAGCAACUCCAGGCGAGCGCCGAGCAAGAGCUGCAGGAACAAUCUGAACUGGUGAAAGGAGCAACUCAGGGGCCCACCACGGCGCAAAAGACGUUUCAGUUGGCUAGGGAGAAGCGAACAAAUCAGCGUGUCAACGAGGCGAUUCAGUACACGCAUCGACAACGCAUGGACAAGCUCAACGCACAUUUAGGCAGCUUGUCGGAGCAUUUCGACAUUCCGAAGGUCGGACCUGGAUGA